AUGGCCGGUCUUGCGCAGCCAGGGUACUUCGAAACGGGUUCAAAACAUUAUUAUCGCCUAGCAGGUGCAUGGGUGGUUACAGGAUCAGAGCCGCUUAUUUCGCAUCAGGUGCCCGAGGCAAUUGUUGCGAAAGGGAUGCCCUUCUACCAUGAUAUUCGCAUUGAUGCCGCUGUCAGUUCGACCCUGACUGGCGAGGUUGUGCAUCCCGGGAAUCUCCAGAGGUGA